AUGUAUAGAGUGGCCAAAAGAUGUGUUGCCGGAGCAAUUAACAACUACACCACUCAGCUACUCGACUAUGGCAAACAAGCAUCUCAGUAUAAUCUCACAGAAGCUCUGCUCUUUCUUUCUCAUUUCAUGGGAGAUAUUCAUCAAUUUCUCACCGAUCACACCAUCUUCAUUUUGAUUGUAGUAGCUUUCAAAUCCAUGGAGGAUCACAAAAAACAGAUGGAACUUGAAGAAGCCCGAAAAGUUGGGCGUGCUCCUGCAAAAGUUGAUGAAGAUGGAAAAGAUAUUAAUCCAUAUAUUCCUCAGUAUAUGCCAUCUGCUCCUUGGAAAUGGAAGUCAGAUCCUAAUUACACAAAGUCAUGGUAUGACAGAGGAGCAAAAAUAUAUCAAGCUGAUAAGUACAGAAAGGGUGCAUGCAAAAAUUGUGGAGCUAUGACACACACAACCAAGACACACAUGGAGAGGCCACGUAAGCUAGGGGCAAAAUGGACAAGUAAAAACAUAGCACCUGAUGAGAAAAUAGAGACUUUUGAGCUUGAUUAUGAUGGAAAAAGAGACAUGUGGAAUGGGUAUGAUGCAACAUCUUAUGCUCAUGUGAUUGAACGAUAUGAAGCUUGUGAUGAAGCUAGAAAGAAAUUCUUGAAAGAUCAACAACUUAAGAAGUUAGAGGAAAAGGGUAACUCUCAAAAUGUGGAAGAAGCUGUUAGUGAUGAUGAAGAUAAUGUUGGAUUAACGUCUAAGUCCAUAACUAUAAUUGGUAAGACUUGA